UUACCGAAGACUUUUGGAGUAGGCCUACGUGAUGUGUGUACGUUUUCGAUAUUAUCCGAACGGAAGUUAAAUUUCAACAACUGUUGGAUCUGUGAGCAAAUGACAUUAUUGUCGCUGAAUGAUGUCCUCACGGAAUUGGCAAUUUCGGCGAAUGGACACAGAAAUGUGACACUGGGAACAACGUGACAUCAAGGAUAAACGACAGUAUGGCCUCUCAGCUGUAUUUAACAACUUCUGCUAUUACUUGUGCCAGUGCGUCGCUUUCUGUUCUAAGCGGCCUUGCCAUUAUAUGGUCGUACCGACAGUUUCCCCAGCUACAGAACUUCACUCGAUAUCUCCUGGUCUGUCUUACAGUGGCUGACAUCUUUACCGCAUACGGUAACUUCAUCAGUACAUUUAGAUGGUUAAGCAAUGGUAACAUUGGAACAAAAAACGAUGGUUUCUGUAUUGUCCAAAGUUUCAUUACAACCACUUCAGCAUUGAGUUCGUUUUUUUGGACGACAACCAUAGCAAUAUACCUGUAUAGCGCAGUCGCACUCCGUGCUAACAUUGCUAAGAAGCUUGGAACUAGGGUCUUAAUGACACUGAUUCCGAUCUUUGUUCCAGUGACAAUCACUAGUGUUGCUCUGGGUUACGGUGCCCUUGGUGAAGAUGACUACUCUGGCAGUGGACCUUGGUGUUGGAUCAACAGUGAUGUCAACAACAGGCUGAUGUGGAAGGUUGUUGCGGGGAAAGGCUGGGAGAUACUGACAUAUAUCAUAACUCUGGUUAUAUAUAUUCUGCUGAAGUUCUUCAAAUGGAGAGAGAAUCGCCGACGCCACAGAUUCCUCCGCUGGAGCGAUGCAGAUCCCAAUCUUCGAGAUGCUGAUGACAUAUUUGAGAUAUCAUGGCUCUUUCUUCUAGUAGCACGGAUUUGGGGGACUCUAAGGUUUAUAUUAGAGACUGCUGAUGUCCACCCAGGAGAAACGAUUGCGGAUAUAUUACUCUAUAUACAGUGUUUUGGGGACAGCUCACAGGCAUUUUGGAACUUCGUGUUUUUCUUUACACUCGAUCCGGAACUACGUGAACACAUAUAUCACAGGAAGUAUUGUUUACGCAGGCGUGAUGCUUCUGCUGUACGAAUAAAUGAAUAGGUAAUGAACAACAUGCCGACUUAAUUAAUGUUGUUUAUAAAUGCGCCCUGAAGUGUUUGGGUUCAUGCAUAAUUUAAUAUACUAGCGGAAUUAAGAAACGCAAGCUCGGUUUUUCUAAGAUAACUUUUAGAUACGUGGUAUAGAUUCAAUUAAAUUUCACACUGAGCUUUUACUUCUUGACUGUGCAAAUAUUCUUCAGUUAAACUCAGUCGACCGAGACCCCACCCGACGCUGCAUGCCUCCAGCAGAUUUCUCAAUAAAUCGUGCAUUCGGGGUUCCCUUGCACAAUAUGUGCUGGUAAAUUAUUACAAAUCGAACACUGGAACAGUACAGAUCAUUUACACAACAUUUCUUUUCGAAACGAUUGCACAGCGAAAUGCCGCGUUUGUGUAAAAUCGAUAAGGGUAGGGUCAUUGCUCUGAUAAUGUAGAAGCAUUCGCAAUGCCAUUUAGCCAAGCAAUAUGGUGUUCAUGAGACGCAAUAUCCCGUCAAGUUGCGCAUUGCGUCGUGACGUCAAGAUAGAGCCGUACGUUUCUCGAACCUCCGUUACCGAUUUCAGACGGCGAUGGAGACGGCACGUUACGUUGUCGGCAUUCGUAGUCGGCCAGUGUGUCCAAGAACGGUUAGAAAUCGGUUGCUGUUAUUCUAUUUAAGGCGACAACAUGCCCUAUGUUUCAUUUGCUCGCCACUUGGGCAGAGUCGAGCCAUUGGCUGCUUGCACGUGCACAUAAUCGGUUUCGGUUAGCCCAUUGGAGAUACGUAUUGAUCACUGACGAGUUCCGUCUUACGCUUUGCAGGUCCGAUGGACGACAACGUGUCAAUCGACGUGGUGGUGAGCGAUAUUCUGACGCUUGCGUAACAGAAAGCGACAGAUUCGGGGGAAUGUCUGUUAUGGUAUGGACAGUGAUAUACCAAGGCGAGAAAAUGCUACUCGUGGUUAUCGAUGGUAAUCUUACAGCAGUAAGAUAUCAGGAGCAUGUCUUCAGACAAGACGUUCUUCCUCUUAUCAAUCAACGUAACCUUACGUUGCAGCAAGUCAACGCGAGGCCCUAUGCUGUAAGGGUUUGUCGUGACUUUCUGGUCAAAACAACGUUCUAGUUCUUGAUUGGUCAUCAUACAGUCCAGAAAUUGAGUUCCCAUUUGAGCAUUUGUGGGACGAUCUAGACAGGAUGGUUAGGAUGCGCUUCAACGCUCCAUAUAACGUCGCUUAACUCACUCAGGUCCUUAUUCGGGAAUGGGGUAAUAUCCAGCAAAGGGCAUUAAACACCGUCAUGGUGUCAAUGUUAAGGAGAGUAAGAGCAGCGAUUUAUGCCAGGAGUGGGCACAUACGCUACUGAUUUGGAUCAGGAAAUUGCGCAGGGACCUUUCUUUUAACCGUAUUCACUCAAACACUGUUUGUGAUAGAACAAAAAAAAAUCAUCUUAAUGUAUUUAGUGAUGAUAAAAUAACCGAGAAUCCAACACCAUGAAAGGCCAUGGAUCGUCAAAGAAUCGCGGAAGAUAAUAACUAUCGAAAAUAAGUUAUUUCACUCUUGUAUAUAUUCCAAGUGCAUUGGUAGAAUGAAGUGUGCUUGGUAUGUAUCAUACAUGUAUAUAUAUAUCAUUUGGUAAAAUCAUGGUAUAAUUAAAUGUUAACUGUUAAUAUUUUGCCAUAACUUCAAAAAUAUUUCCUAAUAAUAAAACAUCAUUUCCAUAAGAUAUUAUAAUCUAAUUAAGGUAACAAUUUCAUUUUGAUCUAUUAUUAUCAAAACAAUUACCAUCCCUCGUCUACAUAUGCUUCAUUGGAUUUUGUGGUGUCCUUGCACAGCUUCGCAGAUCUGAACCAUGUCACCAUUUAAAAUAAUUUCGCUGUGCUCAAUGCUUAUUAAUUUUGAAUAUUAUUGUAUCAUACCUAUUACAUAGAUCAUAAAACUAAAUCUGUGUUACAAACAUGAAACUAUUAUAGAUGCAAUAUGUUCAGUUCGACGUGAUGACAUAUUUGGUGAGCGGAUUAAAAGCUAAGAACCAACAUUUUAAAGUGUAAAAGGGGAGUCGUCUAAAAUGGUAUGUAUCGUAUAAGUAUUAGUCAUAGUGUCUCGGUUACACACAUAUUAAGAAGAAAAUUUAAGCGUAUGAAGCUAUACACCAUUGAUAUUUGAUGUUCAUAUAACACGGACAGAUUUCAUUCGGUGUCCUUUUCUACAACGAAAUAUUUGGACAGGUUAGAACAGAUAUGACACCAGUUUCCGAAAUAUAUCAACGUCAAUUAUAUUGAUCAAUAUGUUACAUUCUUAAGUGUUAUUAAAAAAUAUUGUUCUGAUCCAUUCA